GCCGCUCGGAGUGAGAGCUCGGAAAGCGGCUCGCGUGACGCAGCGUCUGCUCGGUUCAGCUCAUUCACUCUGUGCUCAUUAACGGGCUCGCGAGGAAACCAGUGUCUGAGGAGCCCCCUGGCUGCCUGGAUUACCGUGCGUCUCCCUCCCUCUCUCCCUCCUCUCUCGCUCUGUCUCUCCCCCUCUCUCUCUUUGGGCACUUCCAUCCAUCCCGACCGAGCCUGAAAGCGUUCGCUCUCUCCCCGGCUUACCUCUGCACAAUAACAGUGGGCAUGCAACGCGGCGACCGUCACAAACACUCGCCAAAAGCAUGGAAAAGCUGCCUACGUGUCUACAAAUGCACUUUAUACCUAUUCGUCUUUAGCCUGGAACUAAGGACGGUGGUCUCAGAGGCAAAGGACCCAGAUGUGUUCGCCUUUUAUCACGAAGGGGCGCGGGCCUGCCUGGGCGUGCGUGACAGCGUCCUGCGCACAUCGGCAUCCUGCGACGAACCGGCGCAGCAAUGGAAGUGGGUGUCGCGUGGGCGCCUCUAUAAUCUGGGUGGCACAGCAUGCCUGGGCCAGGCCACUGGCGAAGGCGUCACCGCCUCUCUGGGCAUGUACUCGUGCGACCGUGAGCCGCCCCGCGUCCGCCUGGGCUGGCACUGCAAACUGGUGCUGGAGAGCCUCAGUCUGUACAUGCCCUUCGGCCGAGCUGCCAACACCAAUGCCUCACAGGAUGCUUCAACGCGGGAGUCAGCCGAGGGGCAGCGCUGGAAGUUGUACAAGUCCGAGGGGGAUUUGUGCUCCAAGACCUACCGCGAAAUAUACACCAUCCAGGGCAACUCCCACGGGCGUCCCUGCAAUCUGCCCUUCCUGUACGACGGGCAGUGGUUCCACGGCUGCACCAGCGUCGGCCGUGAGGACGGACACCUGUGGUGCGCCACCACCUAUGACUACUCCAAAGACGAGCGCUGGGGCUUCUGUCCAAUCAACAGUGAAGACUGUGAGACGUUCUGGGAUAUCGACCCGGUGACCAAAAACUGCUACCAGUUUAAUUUCCAGUCGGUCCUGUCCUGGAACGAGGCCCGUGCCAGCUGCCGGCAACAGAAAGCAGACCUGCUUAGCAUCACAGAAGUUCACGAGCAGACCUACGUCAGCGGUUUACUGACGAGUUACAGCGCCUCCCUGUGGGUCGGUCUAAAUGACUUGGACAUCAACGGGGGCUGGCAGUGGGCAGAUUCCGGGCCAGUCAAAUACCUCAACUGGGAGCCCGACCAGCCGAGUCACGCAGAAGAGGAGAACUGCGUGGUGAUCCGGACGGAGUCGUCGGGCCGCUGGCAGACCCGUGACUGUUCGGUGGCCCUGCCCUAUAUCUGCAAAAAGAAGGAGAUAACAGGCUACGAGGACUUCUGGAAGUAUGAAUGGAUGGACAGCCUGGCUGAGGGCUGCACCUUUGGCUGGAUGGAAUUCCACGGCUCAUGCUACAAGCUAAACCCACGCCGGCUCACCUGGGGCGAAGCCCUGCAGACCUGUAAGAGGUUGUCAGCAAACCUGGUCAGCAUCCACUCCUUGGAGGAGCUGGAAUUCAUGGUCCAGAACCUGAAGAAAGACGUGGAGGAGCUGUGGAUCGGAUUACACGACAUGCACAUGCAGAUGAACUUCGAGUGGUCUGACUAUUCGCACGUCAGGUUCACCUACUGGCACCCGUUUGAGCCCAACAACUUCCGGAACACCCAGGAGGACUGUGUGACCAUGUGGGGGCCGGAAGGCCGGUGGAAUGACAGCCCUUGCAACCUCACUCUGCCCUCCAUCUGCAUGAAGGGUCGCACAUACGAUGCGUCCGAAGUCCUCGAUGAAAAUCUGGAAGACGUGAUAGACCACAACUGCAGAGAGGGCUGGCACUGGUACCGUCCAUUCUGCUACUUAGUGAAGGAUGACCUGGUGACCUUCGAUGAAGCACGGAAGGCUUGCGUAAACCAGGAGGCUAUGCUGGUGCCCGUCACAACAAGCUUUCAACAGGCCUUCCUCAACCGGCUGACGUCGAGAACGUCGAGCUACUACUGGGUCGCGCUGCGGCAUCAGAACAGCACGAACAGCUUCCGCUGGCUCAGCGGUGAUGAAGUCUCCUACACCAACUGGCAUGUGGAUGAGCCAGACUACAGUAAGGGUGGCUGUGUCGCUAUGUCAGGCGUCGCCAACAUGGGCAAAUGGCACGUGAUGAACUGCAACUCAACCCAGGCCAAGUACAUCUGCCGCCUGAGCCUGGACUCGCCCCUGAGCCCAGAACCCACGGCCCCCCAUCCCACACCCAGCCUUACUGGGACCUGUCCUCAGGGCUGGAAGACCAGCAACACCAUGCACCACUGUUACAAGGUGUUCCACUUCCCCCAGCUGGAGCAGAGACUCAGCUGGCUGCAGGCUCACCUGUUCUGCCGGAAGCGCAGCGCACAGCUGGUCAGCGUCAGUGGCGCCAACGAGGAGCAGUUCAUCUCCCAGGUGCUGCACGAGACGUUCGGGGAAUCCGAGGACCACGAGCAACAUUGGCUGUGGCUUGGGCUUAACCGCCGGAACCCAGAAGACGGCGGCAGCUGGAAAUGGAGUGACGGGUUGGGGUAUGCUUACCACAACUUUGGCACACAUGACCUGUAUGAGGGAAACAUGCACAACUGCGCCAUGUUCGACCUGGGUUCCAUGCACUGGAUGACGAUGCAGUGCGAGUCGCAGCUGGACUGGAUCUGCAAGAUGCCUAAAGGAACCGUUGUCAAGGAGCCGGAGGAAGAGACCAGCCUGAAGCAGUGGGUGCAGUUCCAGGAGGCCGAGUACAAGUUCUUCGACCACCGCUCCACCUGGUUCCAGGCCCUGCGGAUCUGCUCCUGGCUGGACGCCUCCCUGGCCUCCGUGCACACGCUGGAGGAGCAGGCCUUCCUCACGCAGACGCUGCGCAAGAUGUCCAAGGUUGAGGGACAGCACUGGUGGGUGGGGCUUCACGCCUACGAGAACGACGGCCGCUUCCAUUGGUCAGACCACUCGGUGCUCAACUACGUCUCCUGGGCACCUGGGAGACCGCGGCCCGUCAGCCGCGAUCACAAAUGCGUCUACAUCACCUCGAGUAAAGAUGAAUGGGGAGACCAGAAAUGCACCACGGACCUGCCCUACAUCUGCAAGAGAGUCAAUGUCACCGGGAUCCCUCCACCCACCCCGCAUUCCCCUGCUCAAACCGGUGGCUGUCCAGACGGCUGGGCUCCCUUAUUCGGGAAGUGUUUCAAGGUGUUUGGGCACCGGGAUUCCCAGCGGGUCACGUGGGCCGGCGCCAAGGCCCAGUGUGAAGCCCAGGCGGGCAGCUUGGCGGUGGUGUCCGAUCACGUGGAACAAGCUUUCCUUACCACUCUGCUGCCCAACGUCAGCUUCAGCCUCUGGCUCGGCCUCUCAGACAUGGACGUACGCUUCCAGUGGCAUGAUGGCACCCCACUGAGCUUCACCAACUGGGCCCCCGGGGAACCUGUGGCCCGCCGAGACCCACCGCUCACUAAGACCCGGGUGAACUGCGUGGUCAUGCUGCACGGAAACCCUGACAAGGUGACGGGCAUGUGGGCGUCACGGGGAUGCGAGGCGGAGAAGCACGGCUACGUGUGCCAGAGACGGAAAGACCCCACGUUGCCCGCGUCGCCUGACAGCCUGCCGGAUUUGACUGCGCCGCUACAGUUUAGGGACCAGUCUUACCAGAUACUGAACCAGCGCUACGACUGGGCGGGGGCGCUGCACACGUGCAACUCCCGGAACGCGAGCCUGGCCACAAUAUACGACCCCUACCAAGCGGCCUACCUCACCAUGAUUCUGGGCAUCCUGGAGCGGCCUGCCUGGAUCGGCCUGUACAACAAUGGGAGACGGAGCUUCACCUGGUUGGGCGAGGACCCCUUGACUUACACCGAUUGGUGGGAUGGGGAGCCCAGUAGCAUAGUAGGGUGUGGUCAUGUGACCACCAUGGGCCGGUGGGCUGUAAUGCCUUGUAGCACAAAGAUGUACGCUGUCUGUCAGUUCAACACAGGACCGUCGCGUGACCACGAGUGGAGUUACUCAGGACAUUGUCCGCAGAUGCUCGGAAAUUGGGACUGGGUAGCUUUCCGCAACAACUGUUACUCCUUCAACCUGGAGAGGCUCAUGAUGCACCAAGAGGCCCAUGACACGUGCAGAAAGGUGGGUGCUCAGAUGCUCUCCAUCCUGGACGAGACGGAGAACAGCUUUGUGUGGGAGCACAUCCAGGCUUACCAGGAGCAGGCCACCGGAGCUUGGCUGGGCAUCAGCGUCAACACCAAGGGAGGCGGUCUGCUGUGGCCAGAGAGCUCUGUGGUAGAGUAUACUAACUGGGAGGUGCAGGAAGCCAACCUGAGCAUGCUAUCUGUCAAGAGCUGCUUCUGGAUCCAGAGCAACACGGGCCUGUGGAAGCCGGGCUCCUGCAAGAACCGUACCCACGGCAUGAUCUGCAAGAGGCAACGAGGUGCUGAUUUUACAGACUUUCUGUCGGAUUCCGGGCACCUCCCCACACUGGUGCUUAUCCUGGUGACGGCCCUGGUGCUGGUGCUGCUGGUGGCAUGCGCGGCCUACUUGUACCGCCAGCGGGCGGCCAUCUCCCGCGGCUCCUACGAGGGGGCGCGCUAUAGCCGCACUAGCACCAGCCCGGCGGGGCAGGCCGAGAAGAACAUCCUGGUGUCUGACAUGGAACUAAACGAGCAGCCCGAGUAGCGAUGGGAAGCGCGGACGGCCCGGAGGCACGGCGCUGAUGGACGCCUCACGCCUGGUUGUUCCUGUACCCUCCCCCUCCCUGCAUUUUUUAAAUUUUGAAACGCUGGAGAUGCUGAAGGGCUGUGCUGAGCGCAGCAGACCCCAGUCACAAGCAACCCACCCCUCCCUCGACCAGUGCUGUGCCCCACUCUUGGGAGAGACCCUCCCCAAGCCGGACCAGACCGGACCGGACCUCCUCAGCGACUCACUCUGACAUUCCAUCUUAACGUAUCACGGUGUAUCCACACCUGCACGGGAUACACCGUACUCUCCAGACACUGCACGGUUUCUCUGCCUUUAUACUUUUCACUCUCGUCCCAUCCAGAAUGUGUACGUGCUAAAGAACAUCUCCAUUUUUUCCCCCCCCCUUACCCAGUGUCACCGUUUUGCUGUAUCUGCAUUUUUAAUUCAUCGUCUUGUUCGGAGCCUUGCCAGGUGCCUCAGAAGCUGCGAGUCCCAGCAGCCCCUUGCCCAGUUGGCCGUGGACAAACACAUCGCCCUCUAGACCAAAGUUCUCCAACCGUGACACGACAUGCAGAAUUCUCCAGUGGAAGUUUUAUUUUUUCGUACCCUCACUCAGUUAUUGUGUAUAUGUUUGCUUUUUUUAUUUUUUAAUAGCCACCGAAAUUCCAAGUUUGGAGUCCAGGCUGUUUGGGUUUAUCCCAGGGCUCGAGGUCUUUAGGCGGCAGAGUGGAGGCGUAGGAGUGGAAGUCUGACUCCAGAGGCAUAGAAACAGGAGUAAAGAGGCAGAGAUACUUUAUUAAUGUGUCCAUGUCCCUCUAUCAGGUCAUGCGAUUUCAAUAAUGCAUUUCUUUUCAUUUUUGAAUAUGUACCAUUAAACCUCCACCCAGGAUGUUUUUUUUGAACCGCCUCUUGCAUUUAAGGCUAUUUUUGUUGUUUUCGUAUAAACCGAUUCUUGUUCAACAGUAUCGUUGUGUCCCUGCUGGCUGUUGGUGUCCUGAAUAGUGAAGCCGGAAGGGGGUGGACGAAGUGUUCUUAUUGGUGGACUGAAACUGUCCGUCAAGUGAAAGCUACCCAACGGAAACUCUCGAUUCAGUCAACUUGCCGCCAAUCUGUAAUUAUCCAGCCGAAUUGCAGCUUUUGUCAUGGACGGUGCAGUAAGCUGCAAGGGCCUGUUAUGGGGAAAACGUUUAUCUGCUAAAUCAAAUGUAAAAUGGCUACCCUGCCUCCUUUAGUUCUAUGUGUACAUUGUUGUGUUAGUGAUCAUUGAACCCAAAGCGUGUAACAGAAUACAGUCAUUAAGCAUUUCUAAAGAAUAAUUGCUUCAGUAUGACCUACUUAGGACUAUAAAGUACUGCAAAGUACUGCAAAGGGCGUGGUUUAUCAGAGAGAAACAGAAAAGAAAAGCUUUUGUUAUUCUUUGGCUUAUUUUUACCCUUUCCACCCCCCAACACACAUCAGCGUUGAAUAUGGCUAUCACCACGCAGAGUCUAUAGAGUAUUUUUUGAAGAAUAACAGUGUUAGAGUGUGACAUAAUCGCUCAGCUUAUUGAUCCAAGAUGGAGGAACGUGGACUGUUUGUAAAUGUUUGAUUACUAGCUGUGAAUGUUUUUGGCACUGAAAAGAAAAGAGUUGUGGGGUGUUCUAGGAAUCGGCAGUAAAAUGAGACGUGAGGGCGUUCGGAGUACGGAGGGGAAACAGAUGGCAGGAAAUGGAAGGAGAGUAAAACGCAAAAACACGUGAAGCCUGUAGGAGUAAAUCUAACUCGACCCCGCCCUCUGGUGGACGUAUAGUGAAUAACUUCCAGAAGGCAAUUCUUUGUUGAAAUGAAACUCGGAGGGGGGUCUGGAGAUGGUGAUUUUGGGUCAGACUUUGAGAGGAGCGGCCGUCACAUUUAAAUCCCUGUGAAGCCAGUUUCACAUAAGCACCUGUUUGUAUGUUUGUCAUUUUUUUGUAUAUGAAAUUAAUAAAGUAUAUGUUGGCUUUAUAAAAA